AUGCUCUCGUCCCUUAAAGCAGGCCGACAAAAGCUUAAUGAAUAUUACUCGCAGACGGAUAAAGUUCGGGGGCAUAUCUAUAUAAUUGCUACUAUAUUAGCUCCUGAUAAUUCUAAGGAUCUUAUUAAUGUGAUUACUGAUGAUGAUGUUGAUGACGAUAUUGAUGAUGAUGUUGAUAAUGAUGUUGAUAGUAAUCAUGUCUCUGCUAAUACUCAUGCUGUUGAGCUACCACUACCAGAGCUUGGUCCGCGGAUACGUACUUCUGGGAGGAAGAGAAAGAUCACUUUAGAUGAUGAAUUUGAGACCUACUAG